GUGUUGAACCAACAAUCUCCCCAGGAACCACCACCAAAUUCCAGAAAGACUCUAACUGCUGUUCUUGCCAAGAAAGGUGGAUUGGAUACCAAUGUAACUGUUACUUCAUUUCCAGUGACUUAAAAACUUGGGAAGAAAGUAGGGAUUUCUGUGUUUCUCAGAAUUCCAUUCUACUUCACAUGAACAAGAGCGAUGAAUUGAACUUUAUGAGGUACAAUGAAUACUUUUACUGGAUUGGAGCUACCUACAGCGCAGAUCACAAUGGCUCUGCUGUCUCCUGGGAUCAAUUGUCACUCCUUCCAACUGAAAAUCGCGUGAAGUGCUUAGCAUAUAGUCAAACCCAAGGUUUUUCAGAUGAAGCUUGCAAGAAGAAAAACCUUUAUAUCUGUAAGCAACAACUUAUUUAGGUGUUCUUUGUGGAAGAAGUGGGCAGUGAAAGCCCACCUUAGAAAUGGUAGCUUUACCUCUUAUACUAUUACAGUUUUCUACUGCUAGAAUCAGAAAAAUAUUUUCAAUUGUUUCUGAUCAUAUGAUUUUCAGAUGUUUUUAAGUGUUUUUAAAAUUGAUGAAUUUGUGUACUUCCACCUGAAAUAGUAA